AUGUCAGCAGAAACGGGUUUUUUUUCGGCGCUGCACCUUCUCGCCAUAUUUGACCUGUACUUAUGUUUCCCAUAUAUAAAGUAUAUGAGACAGAGUGAAUUCACUGAAACUUUAUCACGUGUAACGGAUCUACUCUUCAAAGAAGUUUUGAAAAGAGAGAUGAGGAACAAAAACGGUGCCAAGCAGAAAUUGGAUGUACCUCGAAACGCUGUUUCUCCAAGAUCACUUUGGUUCUACGAGAUGGAAAGGAAUUCUUGGACUAACGUUCAAGAUUAUUUCUUUGUGCGUUACGGGGUGGAGGUUCCAGACGCGGCCACUUGCUUUGCUUAUGUGACAUCUUCUCCUCAUGAGUUAUUUCCACUGGAGGUGGUUUUGGUAGAGGAGUUGGCGCCUCGCCUGCAUUUUCGUAAGGUGGAGCGUCAGUAG